GCCACAAUCAUAUGAAGUGUCUGAUGCGGAAACCUUUUUUGUUACGAAUUUUUUUCUUUCAACCGGCAUGUGAAUAUGACUUUCAUAUGCUUUGCAUUGAUAACAGUACCUAAAUUCGAAUGAAUUGUUGUAUCUGUGUGGAUGUGUCUAGACUACUGUUCGGCACGUUUUGUAGGAUAGCGAACUUACUGACAAGUGGCUAAGGUGUAUACUAUGAUAUGAAACUUCAUGUCAUUCACUUGCUAUCCAGCUAACGUUUACGUUAACUAAAAUGCUAUCAUUCGGGCGGUUAUUGUGGCUGUUUUGUUGCUUAACUUUUAUUUUACUUUCACAAUGCACCUAUGCAAAAGACUUAAAAAAUUCAUGUAACACAUGCAAAAAGAUAACUGAUAACUUCAGUAAGGAAUUUGACAGAACGAGAAAGCAGAACUUUGGUGGGGGAAACACGGCUUGGGAGGAGAGGGCACUUUCCAAAUAUGAAACAAGUGAGAUCCGCCUCGUUGAGAUUCUGGAGAAUCUGUGUGAAAGCAGCAGCUUUGACUGUAACCACAUGGUAGAGGAGCACGAGGACCACUUUGAGACCUGGUGGUUCAAGAGGCAAACAAAGCAUCCUGAUCUGUAUAAGUGGUUCUGCAUUGAUACCAUCGAGGUGUGCUGUCCAAAGGGAACCUUUGGCCCCGAUUGCAAUGCCUGUGUUGGGGGUUCCGAGAAGCCUUGCCAUGGCAACGGAAUGUGUGACGGCGAUGGAACCCGAGGGGGUGACGGCAGGUGCAGCUGUGACCAUGGUUACAAGGGAGAGUUUUGCCUAGACUGCAUUGACGGCUACUUCAACGAACUUCGGAAUGACACAUUUUCGCUUUGCUCAGAGUGCCAUGUCUCGUGCAAGACAUGCACUGGCUUAACGAACGAGGACUGUGAGGAGUGCAAGAGCGGCUGGGAGGAGGAUGUUGAGGGGAAGUGUCUUGAUGUGAACGAGUGUUCUAAAGACCCAUCCCCCUGCAAAGAGGAUGAGUACUGUCUGAACACGGAUGGCUCAUUCUCUUGUGAAGCGUGUGACAAGGUGUGUUCCAGUUGUACUGGGGCCGGGCCUGAUCAGUGCCUGAGCUGUGCUACUGGGUACCAGGACACCGAGGGCACCUGUACAGAUGUGAAUGAGUGUGAGCAGCCUGAUCUGUGCCCUGAGGAGAACCAGGAGUGUGUGAACAACAAAGGGAGCUAUGCCUGUAUCUGUGGCAGCGGCUACAAGGAACAGGAGGGAGUCUGUGUCAAACUACCAGAGUCAGGUGCAGUUCUAUCAGAUGACUCUUGGUUCUCUUGGUUGAUGCGGUAUUUGACAUCAGGUCAUGAUCAAGCAAAAUUAAAUGAGAAAGAGGUUAAAACAGGAACACGGCCAGAAGAGCAUGAUGACCUUUGAACUCAGGAAAUGACCAAACUGGGGAGAGCUUUUGGAGUAAAUUGUCUCCCGUGCGAGUACAUCUCUACAGCUCACAGCAUCAGGAUAUCUUGAGGCCACUCCUUUAAAAGUAUUGGAACAACGCUGGCACUUAAUCUGCACUCAACAUUCAUACUUUACCCAAGUAGAGACUUUUAUACCUGUGGACCAUGGAGGGACAGCCAACAGAAUGGCUGAGAAAAGAACGCUUCAAACCCUAAGGAAAUUGCUUCUUGUCAUUUUCUUCUGCAGCUAUGUCUAAUCCAAUGUUUUGUCAACAGUUGUCUGGUUUUUAAAUGCAGGAUUUGGAAGGUAAUUCAAAUGUAAAUUCAAAUAAAGUUGGAAAAUGUAACGGAC